GAAGUUGUACGGAAAAUGGCUCAAACGGCACGCAUAUCCACCGCCCACGCGUACGGAACGCGGCCGUCGCACGACUACCAUGCCACCGCCAUAUCGCUGAAACAUCGCUCCAAGUCGGCUAAUCCACCGCAAUUACGUCCACUUAGUGGCAUCCACGGGGCGGCGGUGCGACCCCGUUAUGUGCCGCCCUUUUCCAUACAGUCGCAGCAGAAAAAUACCGUUGUCAUCAACGGGCCAAUACACGAAACCACAGCGACAACGGCAAGUGCGAGGGGGCGGGCUCCAAAUCCGAAAUGCCUAAAAAAGCAGCAAAAAUCCAUUUCCACGCUCAACCUACGAAUGGGCGGCUUCAAUGCUGGCCCCCCAGGUACCGACUCUGGGCGGGGCACUCUGUUUCGAAUGUACUUCGAUCGCGGUGACUUGCCCAUCAAAAUGGAGUACCUCUGCGGUGGCGAUAAGAUUGGAUGGACGUUGGACAUCGACAAGCUGGACUACAGUCUCUAUCUACCGCUCUUUUUCGAUGGACUGGCCGAGACGAAGCAUCCGUACAAGACCUAUGCCCGCCAGGGAGUGACGGAUCUGCUGCUUGCGGGCGGAGAGAAAAUACACACCGUAAUACCGCAAUUAAUAUUGCCUCUGAAGAACGCAUUGAGCACACGGAAUUUGGAGGUAAUGUGUACGACACUGAAGAUAAUACAACAACUGGUGAUGUCCUCGGACCAGGUGGGUCCGGCCCUGGUGCCCUUCUACAGACAAUUGCUGCCAAUGUUUAACGCUUUCAAAGUGAAAAACUUAAACUGUGGCGACGAGAUCGACUAUGCCCAGAAGAACAACCUCAACCUUGGCGAUCUGAUCGAUGAGACGCUCCAGGUGCUGGAGCUCCAUGGCGGCGAGGAUGCCUUCAUAAAUAUCAAGUACAUGGUGCCGACCUACGAGUCGUGCUAUUUAAAUUGAGUGUGCACCGCCCUUAUGCCUUGCUCUUUUUGCAUCAUAAGUAUUUAUUGUAAUUUAUAUAUUACAGCAUCAAAGUAGAUGUGAUUAAUUAAAUUCAAUUUUGUUACCAA